UGGGGUAGGGGAGGCAGUUGUAACAUGCAACAGUGCCUUGCUAAUUCUGAAAUUCAGGCUUUGAAUCCGACACUCUGGGCUUCACAGUUUAAAUGUCAUGCCCUCCCCAAAGCUGGGAUCAGGUCCGAACUCAACUGGGGAAAUGUUUGCCCAGUCUAUCCAUGUGGGCAAGGUGCUGACGGGGGAUAGUUUCAGGGGCUUUCCCAAAACUUAGCUCUUCAGUUCCCUUUCUUGCUUUUGUGUGAAGUAUUUGGGAGGUCUGAUUCAAAUGCAUUUCAAAAGCUAGGCUGAACUCUUGGUUUUGCGGCAGACUAAAUUCUGGGUUGUUGGCGCUAAUGGUAUUUCAUCAUGGACGCCAAUUUAAUUCCUCCCAUCAGAGGUUCCGGUUCUGUGGCGACUUGGACUGUCCAGAUUGGGUCUUGGCAGAAAUUAGCACCUUGGCCAAAAUAUCCUCUGUGAAGCUUAAGCUCAUCUGUGCCCAGGUGCUGAAAGACCUGCUUGGUGAAGGAAUUGAUUAUGAGAAGAUUUUAAAGCUCACCUCAGAUGCCAAGUUCGAGUCCGGGGACGUAAAGGCUGCCGUCGCUGUUCUCAGUUUCAUCUUCUCCAGCGCUGCCAAGCACCAGGUGGACUCGGACUCCCUCUCCAGCGAGCUGCAGCAGCUGGGGCUGCCCAAAGAACAUGUUGCGGGAUUGUGCCGGUCCUAUGAGGAGAAGCAGGCGCCCCUUCAGGACAGUCUUCGGAGGUGCAGCUUGAGAUUGAACUGCUUGGAUUCGGUGUCCUGGAGAGUAGAUUAUACUCUCAGCUCCAGCGAACUUCGACAGGUCAAUGAACCGGUGGUUCACCUCAAGCUCAAGGUAAAGGAUGUCGACAGGGGAGUCCUGGAGCCAGUUGCCCUGACGCUGUCGGCAGAGAAGUUCCGAGUCUUGCUUGCAGAGCUGAAGCAGGCCCAGGCCAUCAUGAAAACACUUGACUAAGGAGUCGCUGGGAGGAAGGUGCCAAGGCUGGAAUGAACUCAAUUUUGCCCGAAGGUGAAGAAGUCUCUUCUGGACAGUGAUUUCAUGAAGUGAGCGAGAGCCCUUGUAUGAAUGCAGCCGGCAUUUCUCACCAGCAAAUAGGCUAGAAGGCCAAGACCCAAAUCUGUCCCUCUCUUCCACCUGACCUUUCUCAAACCUGAACUGCGGACGGACUCCACUGCAGAGCGCAAUGGUGGGAAACAGCUUUUUUGCAUUAAAACGCUCUGAAAACCGGCACAGCAAGGCGCAUGGAGCGUUUUCCCAGCUGGGUUAUGCUCACAUGGCCUGUGCUGAAAAUCCAGACCAUGCCUAGUUCGGUUCCUGUGCGAUUUACCCGCCCUGACGAAAACCUUCCCCAACAGCGCCCAGACCAGCUGUCCCUCCUCCAUAGAAGGCCAGGCUGCCCUGAAGGCGAGCCCCCUCCCUCGCUUUCUCCCUCUUCUUGGGGGCACGGUGUUGACACCUCGGAGAAGCCACUCCCAGAUUACAGUGACGCUAAGAUGUUCGGGUUCUACAGUGCUAGGAGGGGAAUCUACCUUCUCUUGCCCUCAUGGUCUCGGCUGCAUCUGUCUCCCCCGUCCCCUUUUGCAGAAUUAGGAAAAACCCAGGAGAAAUCUUGCCAUGCAGUGUCGUGGCUGCUCGUCGUCUUUCACUAAUCAAAGGAGGCUGGCUUGUCCUUUCCAUUCACCAGGGAAAGAGCUAUGUGAAAGUCAUGAAAAGCAGAGCAGACCAGCUUGCCCUUCCUCCACCUUUCAGAUCUCUGAUCCGUGCCUUUUUUGCAGGCUCGGGGCCUGAGAGAUUGGCUGGCCAGGUUGUAUGCCUUGGAAUCUUCUCUUUUGCAGCUCAGCUACUGAAACACUUCGAUGGCUCUUUGUAUGAUCUCUGUCCUUUGUGGGGUGGGAGAAAAUUAAACUCCACAGUACUAAGCGA